CUUCCCUGGAGCGGGGCAGACCUGCCCUUCCAGCCUCCUAACUUCAUUUCAGUGACUUCCUGCCUCGCAGCUAACCUCAUCCCGACAGGAAAACUGGAAGGAAGAAUUUCACAAACUCCUCCAAACAAGUUACUUGAAGUGACACCCCCACCCCCUUCUCAACUUUGCUGUCAGCUCCAAGUCCCGCGGGUUACGCUGCUGUGUUGUUUGGUAAAAACCGAAAGUGCAGAAAAGCCUAUUCUUUAUCUUCGAACCGAAAAAAGAUCAGUGUGCCCAUUUGGGUGAGCGUCACGUUCCCGUGGAUCCAGAUUUAGGAGUAUUAGCACCUUCCAGCUUUUCUUUCCGUGAUUUAAAACAGUCACACGACCGGGAUUUAUGCAUUGCUUUUGGAUACAUUUUGGAAUAAAUCUGUGGACCGACUCUGAACUCGUGAUUUUAAGGAUUACUUUUUCAUGUAUUGGAAAAAUGAAAAUCUGUCCCCUCUACCUGAGGGAAGUAAGCUUUUGUCAGACGGGAUUCCAGCGAAACAGGUGAUUUCUCAAGAGACUCAGAACAGGACAGGAGCAUCCCGCUGCUUCGAAAGCAAGCGUUCACAUAUAAUGUCUCAUUCUGACAGUGAAUCUCAUAGGUCCAACAUGGAUAAAGACGAUACUCGGUCUUCCCCAAGUCCUCCUUCCACUCCUUCUAUCUGUUCUCCGCCUUCUGCUUCCUCAUCCAUCCCGUCAGCCGGGAAGAACCUGUGCGCCAGUUGUGGACUGGAGAUCCUUGAUCGUUACCUGCUAAAGGUGAAUAAUUUAAUCUGGCACGUCAGAUGUUUGGAGUGCUCAGUGUGUAGGACUUCACUACGUCAGCACAGCAGCUGUUACAUCAAAAACAAAGAAAUCUUCUGUAAAAUGGAUUAUUUCAGUCGAUUUGGUACCAAGUGUGCCCGAUGUGGCAGACAGAUUUACGCCAGCGACUGGGUGAGAAGAGCCCGGGGAAAUGCCUAUCACUUAGCCUGCUUUGCCUGUUUUUCCUGCAAAAGACAGCUGUCCACAGGAGAGGAGUUUGGUCUGGUGGAAGAGAAGGUGCUUUGCCGUAUUCACUAUGACACUAUGGUGGAAAACCUAAAGCGUGCAGCAGAGAGUGGAAGUGGGAUAACUUUAGAAGGAGCCCUUCCCUCGGAGCAAGACAGCCAACCAAAGCCAGCCAAGAGAGCACGCACUUCCUUUACAGCAGAGCAGCUUCAGGUGAUGCAGGCACAGUUUGCACAAGACAAUAAUCCUGAUGCACAAACGCUGCAGAAACUAGCAGAUAUGACAGGUCUCAGCAGAAGGGUGAUACAGGUGUGGUUUCAGAACUGCAGAGCAAGACACAAAAAGCACACUCCCCAACACAGUGGACCUUCACAAGGCCCUCCACAGUCUAGAAUGCCUCCUUCACUCCCUGAGGACAUUCAUUACUCGCCAUUCAGCAGUCCAGAGAGAGCCCGCAUGGUUGCUCUGCACGGAUAUAUUGAAAGCCAUCCUUUCUCAGUUCUCACCGCACAGAGUCUGCCACACCAAGCCAUGGCUCUGCCUCAGCUCCCCUUGAGCCGCUAGCCGAGCGUCGGCGCUGGCCGGGUUCAACCUUACCACUUGGACGAGGAGGCUCCUCUUUCAAAACGGCGACGCGCCUGUUUUAACGCCGGUCGCAAGGUUUUUGGCGACACCGACAGGAGCUUUAACACAACCACUAUCCUCCCAUCAUAAGACACCAAAACUGGAUUUACCUGCCUGAAUAUGCAAAGUGUGAAUCUCCUCGAAAACAGAGAAGAGCUCCGUGUCAAAACGAAGACAAACAAACAAACAAAAAAAAGCCGCCAAACGCCUGGACGGCUGGACCGGGCGCCGACGGCAAUGACGUCAAAGAAACGAGGUGACUACCGCCCUCCCCAGAGUGCCGACCUGCAAACGUUACAACGGGCCGCGAAUGAACUGUGGAAUAUUGUUUUUUCUUGACUCCUUUAAAGAACCAGAGCAUGUACCAAAGCCACUGUGCUUUGCCUUUUUUCCAGCAGAGUACUUAUUUCUGUACUUACACAUUUUACUGCCAUCAGACUAACAGUUCCAGUGGUCCUCCCGAGAGUAGCAGCGGGACGCCUACGUUUUAUAGUCUAAGAUAGCAGCAGCAGUCUUUGACUAGAACUUAACAUUACCGAGGUAAGAUUCCAAGCCUUUAAACAGACUUCAAGCCUCUUUGAUAACGAAAUCAUUCUUUAUUACUCGGCACUAAACAUUUUGUCAAUUUGCAAAUUUUUCUACUGGUUUUUCCACAGUGUCCAUACUGAUUUCGGGAAUACACGCUACCAUAUGUUCUCAUCUUGUUAUUUGACUGGGAUGCAUACGCACUAUUGCGAUGUUUUAUGAAAGGAAAAAAAAAGUUACAAAGGAAAAUUGUUAAAACAGUGGUGUGUAUGUUAUUUUAUUUAUAAUAGUGGAUUGAUUCUCUGUGUAAACAAAUAUCUAUUGUCGAGUAAAAGGCACCCAAUUGUGCACCCCGAUGACACAAACGACACAGGGCCACUGGCGUUAAGUGUAUGCAGAUCCUCUUGGAGAUGGCAUCCGUGUCUCGCCUCUCAUAAUGUGCUGAGUUUCCUUCCUUGGGCGUACAUUUGAACUUUAUUUUUAACAAACACAUGACAGCUUAUUGUCAAUGCUAGUCAGACACAUUUGACGCAUCUGCACAAAUGUACUAUGGCGUCCAACGGAAUACAUAAAAAACAGCAAUUAGGGCAGUGAAUUUUCAUGAUUCUUCAGAUCAAUUGCUUCAGCUUCCCUAUCAUCAAAAUUGUGCAUAGCAUAAUAAGAUUAUUAAAAAAUAGUUAAAAUUUGUAUGUUAUCAUUUUUUAUCCCUAAACAUGUAUCAUAUUAACAAGGAUUUACCCAAAUAACGUUAAAAUCUAUCCAAAUUGUCUUAAUGUUUACAUUUGUCCAUCCAUUCAUGCGUUUUCAAAUUUGCCUAAUCUAGUUGUAGCUGCUGGAACCUAUGUCAGCAGCCUUGAGCACAAGUUUGGAGCCAAUCCUGGACAAGAUGCCAGCUGUUUGUCUGUAUGGUACACUCACAUACUGCCAGUCAAUCUACUGGCUAUUGUUAUGCAUAUUAAAAUUGGUCAGUUGAAUAGUAUUGUGAAGAAAAUACUGUGCAAAUAGCAAAACACCUUGUCUGAAUCACAGUUUGUCAACAAGAGAGGACAUUAGUCCUUAUUUGUGUGUUUUUGAUUGCUAAAGUUUGAUGCUCCAUCUUAUUGGGAAACUCAUCAUUUUUAUUCUCAAGUUUUUUUUCCAUUACUAUGUCAUAGUUAACCAUGAGCCAACAGCAUCACACUCAAGGGAACUUCCUUAAGUAGAUAGAUAGAUAGAUAGAUGGAUAGAUACUUUAUUAAUCCCAAGGGGAAAUUCACAAGUAUAAUGCCAGUUCAUCACAGGGCACACCUAUACCCCCCAACACACUCAUAACCAUUCAAUUUAUAGUCUUACGUUAACAUAAGUUAUGUACAAAGAGUGACUAGGUCAGGCAUCAUGGCACUAUUCUGUAAAAAUUGCCACAAUCUUUUCAAUUGAGACAUAAAACUGAAGUUCUUACUCUCUGUGGUCAAGAUCCUGGGUAUCUUUCAGAAAAAGUAGGAUGGUUCCUGAAGUCCUAGCUAUAUUGCCCACCUUGGUCUGGUCAUUCUAGCCCCCUAAUCAUCCUCUGUUCCUUAUUAACUAACAGUUUUCUCUCAUUUGUAUGCCACAAGACUGGCUAAUGUCCAUCAUCCAGGUAGAUGCUACACAUUGACGGUGGUUGAAGUGGUUCCCCACUGUCCAAGUAAAGUGUUGAGUAGGUUAGACAUGCACCAUUUAAAUGUAAUUUAAUAAUUGUCAAGUCCAGUUGCUUAGACUUAUUAGGCACCAGCACCACACCACUCAGCUACCCCAACAAAGAAAAGAAGCAUUAUAAAUUGGAUGGCGAAUCAGCAUCAGAAGUAAUGGAGUAAAAACAAAAAGGCACCAUCAAUAUGAAGGUCUGAAGUGGAGGUUAUUUCUGAUAUGCCAGACAUAUCUGUAGUAAGACUGUUCAGUAAACACUGUGGUUUUCUUGAUUACUGUACAGUAUAUAUGAGAUUAUCUGUAUGUACAUUUUUCUCCAUGAAUGCCAGCUGCAACAAAUAUACAGUUUGUUCCCAUUUGUUUUUUUUUGGUUUUUUUCGGUUGGAGAGAGGUAAAACAUAUACUGUAUAUAUAAUACAAGUUAAAUUACUGAUCCACUAUUAAAGGGCACCAAACCUGGACAAGUACACUGAGUAUCUUAAAGGAAUACAACUAAGUUUGUAAAGCACAUAUAUUGGUACAUCCUUACAACUCAUAUAUAAUAUGAUGUACAAUAUUCUUGUGAACCGUCCCUCUGAAUCUUUAUCUGUUCCAUCCAUAUUCUAUAACUAUUGUAGAUUACCAAAAGGUCUGGCAUACUGCCCAGGUUUGAUUCCUGCUUUUCACAGUGUUGCCAGGACAGGCUUUGGCUUAUUGCAGCCACUUGACAAAGUAAUUCAGAGAAUAAAUGAACAGAGAGGAUGUAGAGUACACUGAUACUAGACAGCUAUAAAACAUUAGACACUAUGUUAUUGUGCCCUGUGCUGAGCUAGGAUAUCAUCUGCCAAUGAUUCCAACUUUAUGCCAAAUGAAAGCAGGAUAGACUAUAGAUACCCAAAUUAUUCCUGUUUACCUGAUGUUCUGGAAUUCUGUGCAAGAUUGAUUCCUCCAUUUCACAGUGUUGCCAGGAUAGGUUUUGGCUCAUUGCAACUUCUUAACAAAACAAACUAAUUCAGAGAGAGAAUGGACUGAUAGGAUGUAGUGUACACUGAUACUAGACAUCUUUAAAACAUGAGACGCUGCUGUUGUGCCCUGUACUGAGCUAUACAUUUUGCUAGUAUCUUGUCUGCCAGUGAUUCCUGCUUUAUGUCAGAUGAAACCAGGAUAGACUACCGCUGCUUAAAACAUGUAAUAGAAAAUGGACAUUCAGAAAAGGGAUGGCUUAAAGGGAUUGAUGACUAACGUUUGACAGCCAAAAGUAAAAUUUUGUGCUAGUAUAUCCUUUAAUUAUGGGCACUCAUCAAGGAUUAGUUCCUGCAUCGUACUCAAUAUUACCAAGAUAGUCUAUGGUUUUCUACACUCAUGUAAUGGAAAAAGCAGGUUCAGAAAAUUGAUAUAUUAAUGUAUUAUAAUUAUGCUAGCUCACAGGUUAAAAUAUUACAAUUAACGUAGUAGAAUGGUGCUAGAUGACAAAUGAGUCUCACUUAAUAAUUCUUGAAGUGCAUUAGAGUACUGUGCAUACUGUACCUUUACAGUGUAUACUACAAACUAAGAACACCUCAGAGUUGAAUUUACCUGAGGUGCAGCUCCACAAGCAACAAAAAAAUACAUGUGCUGCUCAGUUACCAAUUAUUAUCAGUAAUGUCUUGCCACUCUGUUGGUGAACAUUUUGGGCAUUUAUUUAUUUGAAAACAAAAUAUUAAAGCUGUUUCCUUUCACCAUUAUUACAGAGGUUUUAAAAAGUCUACAUAUAUUUUUGGAACACUAUAUAUACAGAAUACUUUGUCUUCUUCUGUUUUCACAACACAACUGUUUUUGGAGAAAGCCAUAGGGCAUGACAGAAUGUACUGUAUUUAUGAACAUUGUUUCCUUUCCUCUAGUAUUUUUCUUUUUUUUUAUUUUUUGACAGAUAUCAAUAAGAGAAGGAACCCUUUUGAAACACCACAAUUGUUACCUCGUUGAGCUUUCUCAAAACAAACAAACUUUACAUUGUUUCCCUCUGGAAAACUGAUCAAUAAAAAGAGAACCAGUUAGAUGUGAAGAUUAUUACAGUUAUAUGUACAGAAAUGGUAAAACAUCAUGAUUGCAGUUGUUAGCAAUGUUGCCUUACUGCUGCAAACAACCAAUGACAAAUUCUGACAGUCUAAGUGACAUUUGCAGUUCUACCAGGGUGUGUGAGUGAUAUCAUUCUAGUUUACUCGUACAUCCUAAAGACAUGUAUGUUAGGUUAAUUAUUGUCUGCAAACUGUCUUAGUUCAGAUGACUAUGGUUAUGUGCGUUAGUUUGGCCUGUGAUUGAACAGUGACUAAUAAUGUUACAAUAAGAUGAAUUUCCUGUGACAUUGUGCUGGAAUAUUUAAAAAUUAAUGAAUAAACAUUCUUCUGUUAAUUAAUUAGUUCAAUUUUAUUAUAUAUGUUUCAUAUUCCAAGUGAACAUGCUUUCACUUUUAAAACCUCAAAAUAAUAUAAAUAAGUAGUAAACUGGAAAAUGCUCCCAUAUGUAACUUUUAAAAUCAAAUAGAUUGAACUAUAGUUAAUGAUAUAAAUCUGAGUAUCUGCAAAUGAAAAUUGGAUUUAACCUCAUCACAGUGAGUAUCCUUAUACACAUGACAACACAUAUUUUAGCUUUCUUUUUAAUAGAUCAGAAUUAUCCAUGAUAUCUGUGAGCUAUAAUUUAACCACAGAUAUUUCAAAAUGCUUUAGUCAUAGAAAUUCUUAAUACUCUUUGAGCUAAUUUAGUCAGCUGUAGCAAUAAUCUCUGGGAUCUAUAAUCUGUUUGUUGAAAUCUAUGAUCAAAGUGAGCUAUGAUCUUGAUAAAAGACGUCCAUAACCCUCUGAGCUAUAAUGUAUUCAGAGAUGUCCGUAACUACCCAGAACUAUAUUGAAUCAAAGAAGCCCUUAAACAGAUUAAAUAUAAUUUAGUCAAUUACAAUCCUGUUUAUCAUUUAUCUAGGCAGUGACGUUUUAAUCAUUUUAUUUAGUCAGUUAUGUCCUGAAUCCUGGUGAAGUAAAAUCCGUCAAUGAUAUUCAUAAUCCCAAUGAUCUUUAAUAUGGUCAGAGAUGGCCAUAACCUAGUCGGAGACAUUUUAUUUUAAUAGGAUGGCUUUAUGGUGAAUAGCUAAGAAGAAUCACUAUUAAACAAAACAUUUAUUCAUUAAUAAAAUACAAAUGAUUAAUUAAGUGGUCUGUAUAAAAUACUUACUUUGUGUGUCAUGGCAGGUCCCAUUUGGCUUCAAAAUUAUGUCUAAAUAAAAUGGCACCCUUGACAAUGGUACAAUUAAAACAUUCCUCUGUCACUUAAAGCAGGUGGCUCUGUGUCCAAUAAACUUUGUUUCAUACUCAUUUCGGUCUUGUCUGGUUUUAAUGUAUAUAGUUGUUUACAGCUGUUUUUGUGCAACGGGUAUUACUGCAUUGUUUAAAGCUGUAACAUAGUAAGUCAUGGAAGCUAGGAAAGAACAUGUUGGCCUGAAGAAUAACAGAUACCACAUUAUUGUACCAGUAUUUAUUGAAAGAGAAAAUCACAUGUAAGCACUUUUUUAUUCAAUUGUCUGCUUUGUUACAAGAGUUGGGAUUUCUUUACUGUGUAUUGUAAAUGUCUUAAUUUGUGUAAUAAAUGCAAUAAAAAUACAAUAAAAUUAAAAGCACUGUUUUGUAUAGGUUUAAAACAAGGGAGAUUUAUUAAAAUUGUCAAAAAACUGCCUUGUGGUUGUUAAGAUCAAAUCAUGAAUACUGUGGAAAAAACAUUCAUUAAAGAAAAAUAUAAAAACUGAGCUGAAGUCUCCUCUGUAGGUGAUCCAUGAAGCAAGUGUAACAUUACUCCUUCCCCUUAUAUUGGUAAGAAGUUUGUAAUGGAAGGAACCAUUGAACAAAUUCUACAUUUUGUGAAUAGUUUUACCCAAGUAAAGCCUACAGUCUUUAAAAAAUGAAGAAAAAAAAUCCAGACAAACAACUAAUUGAAAACAGUUUCCAUUGCAUCUGC